UCAAUGUAACAGUCGGUCCACUCCUGAAAAAUAUACAACACCCGUCUAACAACUUUGGGAUUGGGUUUUGUGUUGUUUGAUAGUCAGUCACUCCUCCUCCUUCCCCUUCUUCAUCUUCUUUGACUGUAUCGUCGAGGAAGGGUUUCGAGAGCUCUUCUUUCUUUCUCAAAAACUGAAAAAUGGCAGCUGUAGCAGUAGAUGCGAAUUACCUCAAAGAAAUCGAGAAGACUCGCCGUGAUCUCCGUGCUCUCAUUUCUUCUAAGAACUGUGCUCCAAUCAUGCUCCGUCUUGCGUGGCAUGAUGCCGGAACUUAUGAUGUCAAAUCAAAGACAGGCGGUGCUAAUGGUUCAAUUAGGAACGAAGAGGAGUUGAAACAUGGUGCCAAUAGUGGCUUAAAAAUUGCCAUAGAUUUUUGUGAGGAAGUGAAGAAAAAACAUCCAAGGAUUACGUACGCAGAUCUUUACCAGCUUGCUGGGGUUGUUGCAGUAGAGAUCACUGGUGGGCCAACUGUUGAGUUUGUUCCGGGUAGAAAGGACUCAUUGGUUUCCCCUAGAGAAGGCCGGCUCCCAGAUGCAAAACAGGGUGGGCAGCAUUUGAGAGACAUCUUUUAUCGGAUGGGUUUAUCUGACAAGGAAAUUGUGGCAUUAUCUGGAGCCCACACAUUGGGGAGGGCACAUCCAGAGAGAUCAGGUUUUGGUGGUGCUUGGACUAGUGAGCCUCUGAAGUUUGACAAUUCCUACUUCGUGGAGCUGCUGAAAGGAGAAACUGAGGGGUUAUUGAAGCUUCCCACAGAUAAUGCUCUAUUGGAUGAUCCAGCAUUUCGUCGUUAUGUUGAACUGUAUGCACAGGACGAGGAUACAUUUUUCAAAGCCUUCGCAAUGGCACACAAGAAACUUUCUGAGCUUGGGUUUUCACCAAGUUCCUCAGCUUCUAAGGUAGAGGCCAAGACCACUGUUGUGUUGGCGCAAAGUGCUGUUGGAGUCGCAGUUGCUGCAGCUGUGGUGGUUCUGAGUUACUUAUAUGAGGCUCGAAGAAUCAAGAAGUAGACCACAGGGACUUGUGUUUUUAAGGUGCCACAGCAGACCUCUAUGGUACAAUAAUAAGCAAAAAAAUUAUUAGUUGGUCCUUGCAUCAACGAGGGCCUAGGUGGUCUAUUUUGUUUGGCGCUAUUACUUUUUUUUUUUUGCUGAGAAACACACUGAUAUAUUACAAUAAAAGGGAAUUACAGAGUGCCGAAAGGGGAUCUUUCCUCAACAGAGAGUUCAAAAAGGGAGGAAAAGAGAUCCAACUGUCUUUUAAACUAAACUUCCUAGCUCGACGUGCAAGUCGAUCAGCUACAUUAUUUUGGAACGCUUAAUAUAAACAAGAUUGAAAGUA